GUCGUUCUACCAUAGGCCCACGAAGAUAAUCAUUGGCCAGGCCAAGAAAGCGUUCAACGAUAAAAAGGAAUCUCACAUCAUUUUUCAGAAACAAUGUCGUGAUUUGGUUUUCUUUCUCCCUAAAGAGUUUUUCUUUUCGACCAGAGUGGAGGAGAGAUGCAAUCGUUUGCGCUAAAUCCAGCAGCCAUGUCGGUGCGACAAACCCUAGGCCUUGAGCCUUCUUCCUCUUCCUCGGCCUCUCGUCUUCUUUCUUCUGCUCAGAUUUUGAGCUCUCAUCGCGCUUUUGGUCUCCUAGUUAGGCCUCGUUAUGGAUUUCGAGGUUUAUCACGAUCUCAAGUUGUAAAGGCAGUGGCAACCCCAGACCCACUCUUGGAAGUACCCCUUACUGAGGAAAAUGUAGAGAGCGUUCUGGACGAAAUCAGACCAUACCUCAUGUCUGAUGGUGGUAAUGUGGCGUUACAUGAGAUCGAUGGAAAUAUUGUGCGAGUCAAAUUGCAGGGAGCUUGCGGGUCAUGCCCAAGUUCUGUUAUGACUAUGAAGAUGGGUAUUGAGCGUCGCCUUAUGGAAAAGAUACCUGAAAUAGUGGCUGUUGAAUCAGUUCCAGAUGAAGAGACUGGCCUUGAACUCACUGAAGAAAACAUUGAAAAGGUGCUGGAAGAAAUCAGGCCUUACUUGAUUGGAACAGCAGAUGGGUCGCUUGAGCUGGUGGAGAUCGAAGAGCCGAUCGUGAAGAUAAGAAUCACAGGACCUGCUGCUGGAGUCAUGACAGUACGAGUAGCAGUAACUCAGAAACUCAGAGAGAAAAUUCCUGCAAUUGCAGCUGUUCAACUUAUAUAAACACGACCUCCUUUCUUGUACCUGUCGAUCUUUCUUUCCCUUGUAUUACUAGCAUCCUUGUAUAGUGCAUAGUUACUGUGUUAAUGUUUGAUAUUUGUUUCCAAAAUAAGCUUUAAACAUUUCUGGUCAACUUCUUUUCUAAGCUAUCUUUAUAUUGUGCCUCAUGAGUGUCAAAACUUCUU